AUGGAUGAUCGAUCGUGGAUGUAUCGUCGUCUUAUGGAUGGUCGCCUUCGUCCUGAAUACAUUACUGGUGUUAGAAGAUUUAUCAAUUUUGCAUUUUCAAUUGAUAAAAAUAUAUCUGGGGGAAAAAUUAGAUGUCCUUGUGUGAGGUGCAAAAAUCAAAAGUUUUUAAAGGAAGAUGAUGUUUGUAAACAUCUAUUGACAAAAGGUUUUUUACCUUGUUAUGAAAAUUGGACUGUACAUGGGGAGCCUUAUGUCGCAGAACCAAUAUUGGCUGGACCUUCAUCGAUUAUAAUGAGUCAUGAUGUGAAUGAUGUUUGUCUAGAGAAUCCAUAUAGGAAUCUGGUUAUGGAUGCAAUGGGGGUUGGUGAUGCAUUCUAUAAUGAUAAUGUGUCUAGUCCUAUGGUAGCAGGGGAAAUUCCAAAUCCGGAGGCAACUAAAUUUUUUAAGCUUUUGAAAGCCGCGGAGGAGCCGUUGUGGGAUGGGUGUACCAAGCAAUCCAAAUUAUCUGCUUGUGUACAAUUGCUUAAUAUGAAGUCAACUUUAAAUUUGACUCAGAAUGCCUUCAACAAUUUUAUUGACUUUACAAAAAGUUGCAUGCCUAAUGAUGAAAAUUUGGUUUCAAAUUUUUAUGAUGCCAAGAAAUUUAUGCGGCCACUUGGACUUGGUUAUGAGAAAUAUGAUGUGUGUUCUAAUUACUGUAUGUUGUACUAUGGGGCAGAUGCAAUGAAAAUAAAUUGUGAUUUUUGUGGAAGUUCACGAUACAAACCUAGAAAUCCAACUAGUAAAGGUUCCAAUAAGGCGGAGAAGCAACUCCGAUACUUUCCUCUAACACCAAGGCUUCAGAGACUAUUCAUGUCUCCAUAUCAUGCCAAAGAUAUGACAUGGCAUCAUUUUCAUAAGUCUGAUAAUGGGGUUAUGGUGCACCCAUCUGAUGGGGAGGCAUGGAAGGAGUUUAAUCGUGUCCACUUAAGCUUUGCAUCAGAUCCGAGAAAUAUUCGGUUAGGGUUGUGCACUGAUGGGUUUUGUCCAUUUGACAUGUCUUCAAAUACAUACUCUUGUUGGCCAGUAAUUGUGACUGUUUAUAAUUUGCCUCCGUGGAAGUGCAUGACUAGACCAUUCAUGUUUUUGACAAUGAUGAUUCCUGGGCCAAAGAAUCCGGGUAAAAAGCUUGAUGUUUUUCUAAGACCUUUGAUUGAUGAGUUAAAGAAUUUGUGGUUUUUUGGUGUUGAAACAUAUGAUGUAUACAGAAAGGAAAAUUUUCAAUUAAGGGCAGCUUUGAUGUGGACCAUUAGUGACUUUCCAGCAUAUGGCAUGUUAUCGGGGUGA